AUGCGUUCUACGAACUUUGCUAUAUCAUUGGCAUUCGCAUCAUCACGUAUAGCAGAAGCCAAUCUAUCGACAGGAUCCUCUGAAGCUGUCCUGGCGGCUCUAGACUUUGAGCGCUCGAACUGGGCUGGGACUUCUGUGCGCCUCGACCCUUUUUACACGGACCUACCCGCAAAUUGGACAGAUGCACCUGCAGGAUCGGCCAUCAAGAUUGAACAGCGCACCAAUACGUCUCUGUACACGAUUGCCCCGACCCUUGCAAUAUCCAGGCUCGUUUACACCACGAAGAACCUCAAUGGAACAACGAUACCUGCCUCAGCUUACGUCCUGUGGCCUUGGGCACCACGUCGGUUUGAUUUGGCUCACAACUCUGGCGCCGGUGGCCUCCCCGUGAUCGCCUGGGCUCAUGGCACAUCGGGGUGGUCUGGCGAGUGCGGCCCUAGCCAUGUCCGCAGUCUGUGGUAUCAAUUCAUGAUUUUCACCGCGGCGACGCAAGGCUACGUGGUUGUGGCACCUGAUUUUGCAGGAUUGGGCUUAGACCAUAACAGCGCAGGCAAUUUGAUACCGCACCAGUAUUUGUCAAGCGAAGCGCAUGGGAAUGACUUGCUGUAUGCUGUCCAAGCAGCAAAGCAGGCUUGGCCCGCGCUUGGAAGCCAGUACGUCGUAAUGGGCCACUCGCAAGGCGGAGGUGCUGCUUGGGGUGCUGCUAGGGUUCUCGCGGGAAACGGAUCUGACGUUGAUGAGCUUAGAAAGGGCUACUUAGGGAGCAUAGCUGGUUCACCUUGGACAUCUUUUGGUACAUCCCUGAAGUUUCAGCAGUCGGUCUCAGGUCUCAACUCGAUAGUCGCUCGAAUUGCCACCGGGGUGGCUUCCAUAUUCCCGUCCUUUUCUUACAGCGAUUGGCUUACAGAAAAGGGGGUGCGGGCUGUAGAGCUGAUGCAAGACCUGCAAGGCUGCCAAUCGGUAGCGCUUGAGUUGUUGUCGACUUCCGACCUGGUACGGGAAGGCUGGAACCAGACGUGGUACGUUGACGCGUUCGACAAUUUGACGACCAAUAUUGGCAAGCCAGUUGCUGGUCCACUCCUCGUCUUACAGGGGAAUGCCGACUCAUCUGUCAAUGCGACCGGCACGUCUGCGGCAGUCAACACUACCUGCGAUGUAGUGCCAGACGCUCAGAUCGAGUACGUUGAAUUUGAAGGGGUGAGCCACACGCCGGUGAUGUUCGCCGGUCAGCAGGUGUGGUUGAAUUGGAUUGCUGAUAGGUUCGAAGGAAAAGAGGCACCGAAAGGCUGUCAAAGAAGGAGUUAUCAGCCGCUUCUUAAUAUCCCAAGCUACCAGAAAGAUCGCAACUGGUUUCUCGAAUGGAACCAGUACCCUUACGGAGUUGCCUGA